CCUGAGUUGGCCAUGUAGCGACGCCCAAAUUGCACGAAGGUGGGUGAGAAAGGUGAUGAUGGAUGAAUAAGAAUGCCUGAUGUGAACAGUGAUAGUACUGUCAUAGAAAUAGUAUUGAUGAGCAGGAGAACUUUAUUGUCGCAGAUACAAGCACUGCAAGGCAAUCCACCGCCAUGCCUCAGCACAAACCGGUGACGAGCUUGCAGCUCUUGACCCUAAGAACAGUGGCGCAUGCCCUCAGAAAACUAUGCUGCAACCGGAGUGUCACCAUGAAGCGCUUCGAACCUGUCAUUGAGUACGUCCAAAUGCUCCUCCCCCCGCAGAUUCAGGCGGCUGUGUGCCAUAACCUGUUGCAGGAGUCCAGUAAGUUGGUCUUUCCUGAGCUGCUCAACAACAAGUACAUCUACAUCUGCACACGGCUGCAUGCAGAGUAUGUUUGGAUCAUUGACAGCCGCAACAUUGUUCCAGUGGUGGACCGGAUGGAUGGCAGAAAUGUCAGGACACUCAAAAUGACAGGUCGAAAUAUGCAGCUGGACCCUGAUCUGGAGACAGCUCCAUAUAACUACCAGAAAGUCAAAAAGCUGGAGCCACUCUAUCGCUUCAUUCAAACACUCUCCGGCCUCACUGUGCUCAAGUGCUCUCAGAUGUGCAACAACUACAUGCUGGAGCUUGUGUCACAAAACUGUCCCCAUCUUGAGGAGUUGAGGGUUGAAAUGUGCUCAAAUGUGGAUGAUGAAGGAGUCUUCCACAUAGCGGGACACAUGCCUACACACGAUACAUACUUGCAGAUCCAGAAUGGGGUGCGCAUACGCUCCACCUCAGUCUGCACAAAGUUGAAGAAGGUCAGCCUGGCAUACACCCUAGCAUGCACUGCUAGUGCUGUUGUGCUGUUGCAUUUUUGUCCAAACAUCGAGGAACUUGUUGUAACACCUUAUGUGAACAUAGGAGAUGUAUUUACAACAUUACAUGGUACAAAUCCAGAUAGAUAUGAGAAUGUUAAAAGUAGAUAUGCUUUAAAAACUUUGAGCAGUUAUAUGGAACAGGAUGAAAAUGCUUUAUCACUCAUUGUGAGGACAUGCCCCAAUUUAGAAGAUGUCACUUUGAGAUGCAAUGGUGUUGAGAGGAAAGACCGGAACUUGCUUGCAAACAUCCUGGGACUCAACUUAAGCAAGUUGAAGGUCAUGAGCUGCAGCAUGCCAGCACUUCUGUGGUAUCUGGAACAGAAAGGCACUGGUCUGACAGAGUUGUUCAUUGAGCACCUGAUCACAGCCCCGUCAAGUCUUACCUUCACCCGCACACAUCUGCAGCAGGUCAUAGCCACUUGCCCCAACCUCAAGCAUUUCACCCUCAAGCUCUACAACAACCCAAUCCAGCCGAAUGUAAGUUACUCGUCCUUUGGCUCCUCCCUCUUGUACUUCACCUCCCUGUCACACCUAACCCUUGAAGGCACCUCUGUCACCUCAGAAGACCUCUCCGUCCUGGUGGGCAAGUGCCACAACCUCCGUGAACUGCACAUCCUCAUCCACAACCUGGACAUCCUUGAUGACCACGUCUUGUCGGACCUGCUGGCUUCAGGCAGCCUGCGAGGCCUACACACCCUCUACCUGGACCGCCCAAUGCUGACCCUGGCAGGGCUAAGGAGGCUCUUCGAGGAGUGCCCUGAACUACACACUGUUGGCCCUUUGUCCUCGUGGGCCAUCUCCAAGAAAGACAGGGAAGAGCUUGCAAGGGAAAUCAGGGCCAAGAACUGGGACCUGAACAUUGAGAGUCCAGAAAUGAUGCAGUUGUUUAUUCUCUGAAAAGGGGAAGAAUGGUAGCGAACAAGUUUAUAUUUCUUUUAGGGGCUCUGUUGUGCUAGGGAGACUGAAGAACAAGUUGUUAAAUUUUACUGAAUUGCAGGUUUAUUUAUUUAUUAGAUGAGAAAAGUUAUAAAAAACUUCUGAUGCUGAAUAUAAUCAGAUUAACAUAGAUUUUUGAAUCCUAAAUCACUACAACUAUUUAAUUUUUCAUAGAAUUUUGUUAGAUUGACUUAAUGAUGCUGAAAAUGGGUGAAGAAAUGAUGUAGUAAUCAUUUAUGCUUCUUUCUGAUAAUUUAUUUCAACAAAAGAAUUGUCUUUCAGAAGAUUUCAUUGUGUGUUAAAGUCAUUUGCAAAGUAUGAUUUACUUCAUACUUUCUAUAUAUAUAUGUAUGUGCAGUGGUGGACACAUGGGGGGGCGAGGGGGGAAGCUGCCACCCCAAUAAUUUUCAAAAAAAGUUUAUUCCACAUUCCCCUCAUACAUACAAUCUUUGCUUUGAGAAAGCCCCUUAUGCUGGGGUGAAAUACCAGUACUAAUCUUUGGUAUUUUUGGCAUUUUGAUGUUUUCUCAGUGUGUUACGGUGUUCCUGUUCAGGUUUAUAAUUAAUCUUGUAAGUUGUCAUAAGUAUCCUUUUGAGGAUCUGGCGAAUAAUUCUCCCCCACCCCCCCUAAAAAAUGUGAAUUGUCCUCCACACACACACACACACACACACACACACACACACACACACACACACACACACACACACACACACACACACACACACACACACACACACACACACACCUACACCUACACCUACACCUACACCUACACCUAUACACCUAUACACCUAUACACCUAUACACCUAUACACCUAUACACCUAUACACCUACACAACUAGACCUACACAUACACACAUACACACCUACACACCUACACACCUACACACCUACACACAUAUGCACACCUAGUCACACCUACACACUCCUUCAAAUUAUCAAUGUUAUUGUUAUCAAUAUUGUUAUCAUCAAAAUAUUUAUUAUAAUAAUAAAAAUAAUGAUGUCAUUAUUAUUAUUUUUUUAUUAUUAUUAUUUUUCUGUUAUUAUUAUUAUUAUUGUUAUUGUUAUUAUUAUUAUUAUUAUUAUUAUUAUUAUUAUUAUUGUUAUUAUUAUUAUUAUUAUUAUUACUACUAUUGUUGGUAUUAUCAUUAUCAUUAUUAUAAUUAUUGUUAUUAUUAUUUUAAUUUUUAUUAUCAUUAUUGUUGUUUUAUUAUUGGUGUUGUUAUUAUUACUAUUAUUAUGUUUAUUAUCAUCAUAAUCCUUAUUUUUAAUCUUAUCAUUAUCAUCAUCGUCAUUGUCGUGGAUUUUUAUAUUAAUUAACUUGUACUUUGUUUGUCAUCUUCAUCAUUGCCACAGUAGGGUAGGGCAGCCUUGGGAUACAUGCCUGAAGUGUAUAUAUAUGUAAAUACUGAUGAAAUAUGAUAUUGACAUUUGAUAGUGUAAA